UGCCGGCGAGGAGGAUGUGACUGUGUUUGGCGAGACGCGCGAGAGACCGCCCGGAUGUGCCUCAUGAGGGAAUGAUCCACGAUGAACCUCACUGCAGGGAAUCCGCACGGCAACGGCUUGCUCUAUGCCGGUUUCAAUCAGGACCAAGGAUGUUUCGCUUGUGGUAUGGAAAAUGGCUUCAGGGUGUAUAAUUGUGAUCCGCUGAAGGAGAAAGAGAGGCACGAUUUCAGCGAUGGGGGUCUCGGAUAUGUAGAGAUGCUCUUCAGGUGUAAUUAUUUAGCGCUAGUGGGUGGUGGAGCCAAACCAAUGUAUCCCACAAAUAAAGUUAUGAUCUGGGAUGACAUAAAGAAGUCAUCUGUGAUCAACUUAGAAUUUAACGCGCCCGUGAAAGGUGUGAAAUUACGGAGGGACAGGAUAGUGGUAGUGUUGGAAGGCGUUAUAAAAGUUUACACAUUUACACAGAAUCCCCAGCAGUUACACGUGUUCGAGACUAAUCCCAAUCCACGUGGAUUGUGCGUUUUAUGCCCCAAUAGUAACAACUCCCUACUUGCCUUCCCUGGACGAAAAAACGGCCACGUUCAAGUUAUAGAUCUGGCUAACACCGAGAAGCAACCCUUGAACAUAGAAGCGCACGAGACGCCUUUAUCUUGUAUAGCUUUAAAUCUGCAGGGCACCAGAUUGGCUACUGCCUCCGAGAAGGGUACUUUAAUAAGAGUGUUCGACACGCAAAACGGCAACAUGAUCAACGAGUUGAGAAGAGGAGCGAAUCACGCGAAUAUUUACUGCAUAAACUUCAAUCACGAUUCCACGUGGCUGUGCGUCGCCAGCGAUCACGGCACCGUGCACGUAUUUGCCGUCGAAGAUCAAAAGCUGAAUCGUCAGUCUAGCUUAGCAUCCGCCACGUUCCUGCCAAAGUACUUCAGCUCGAGCUGGAGCUUCUGCAAGUUUCAAGUGCCGGGCGGGCCGCAGUGCAUGUGCGCGUUCGGCCAAGAUAACAAUAGCAUCAUAGUGAUAUGCGCAGACGGUAGUUAUUACAAGUUCGUAUUCAACAACAAGGGUGAAUGCACGAGAGACCUUUACGCGCAAUUCCUCGAACUGACUGACGAGAAAAUGUGACUGGAGGACACGACGGCGGUGAACUAAGAUACCGCACGGAGACGACUCUCGUGUCCCUUUGUUGUUGUCACCUGCAUCAUCGAUGCCGCCCAAUGAAGAUCGGCCUUUACCAGGCGCAAUGAUACACGUGAUGCUUAUAAGGAACGUCAAUUCAGUGAGAUGUUGAGAGGAGAGAUAUAAGAGACGUCCGCUCCUUUUCGCGCCGGACGAUAUGAUAGAGGACCAAACGAAGAGUUCUAUUGAUUGUUAGUGAUGCCGAUCGUUGGUGUGUUGUGCGCGGCUUUUCGACGAAUACGGGAGCGUAAAGCUCGGCUACUAAACGUCGGUGGUGCGCUGCCUUAUUCGGAAACGUCGACGAUGAGAGAUUUAACGCGUCGAAAACCGCGCCGCGAGACGUCUGAUAAAUGGCGAUUAUGUAUGCGAACAAACCCGUUACGUGUAACGAGCCUACCCGCCGACGCCUAUUAACAGAGAAGCGAAUUUUCCAAUGCAACAGACGGAAGGAAUAUCCACGAGCGACGCAUCUCGUUGCCGCCGGGAACAUUGCGAGUUGUAUACUUGUUGGCGUGAUACUCACAUUUUUUCUUACACUUUAGAUAAGAAUGCUGCGUAAUCGAAAUCAAACAUUGGUCAUAAAUAUCAUUGCGAGUCAGAGAACGCUGCUCAUUACUUUUCUUUCUCGCUUGCGCGAAAAGAAGCCUUGCAAUGCAAACCGUGUGUCCUUCCCUCCUGUUAAUAUCGUGUGUUUUCUAGUUAUGAGAAAAAUGAGAUUUCUUUCGUUAAACGCGCUUUAUGGAAGUCUGAAAUCGACACGGAAGAAACGAUUCCGUUAGUAUAGCUGAAUUUUCUGUUAACCUAGUUUCUGGGGAUCAGACGAAAACUCGGUUUCAGCAACAGAAAUAUUUCUGCAGAGAAGGUUAUCUGCUUAGCAUUAAUCGCUCUCAGUUAUCUCAACCGAGCUGUAUGUAUAUAUAUAUAUAUAUAUAUAUAUAUAUAUAUAUAUAUAUAUAUAUAUAUAUAAAACGCAGCUUUUGAAUGUUUAGCUGAAUGUUUUCAGUCGCAGUAAUAAAUUAUUAUUUCUUGUCAGCGAGUUUUCCGUCUGGUCUCCAUUCAAUCACACGAACUAUAAUGUUUUUCUUCCGAGCAUAUAUGACGACUUUAGGUAGUUGAUUGUCGUUACAGAGAGUAUAUUGUGUUUCUUAGCUGUUCGACGAACGCUCGCUCUCGUUCAAACGUCCGUUCGUUUUACAAACUGAAUCGGUAAUAUGCGUCGCGUAGACGUAUAUACACACAGACACAGAUACACAACAUACACAUACAUAUACAUAUAAUAUACAUAAAUAUAUACUUAUUGGAGUAUUGUAAUUUUUUUUAUUUUUACGUUUCUUUCGUACAUUUAAUAUACAUAUACACAUGAGAUGACUACACUUCGUAUCGGGAUAUUGCCGCAAAUAACAAGGUUAUAAUUUCACAAACGAGUUGGGUUGAGAUACGAAAUAAAAUUAUUUAUUAUGUCACACCCGUAA